GCAGGAGAUGCAAGUCCUUCCCCACAGGUCCCUUUGCAUGGGCUGCCAAUGGUGCCUUUGUGCAGCUCUGGCGCUCCAGGAUCGGCUGCUGCUGCUGACUCAGUGCUUUUUCCUGGCCACUGCCACUGCGGGAGCCCUGUGACCCAUCUUCGUGGGGACCCUACAAGGGGAGGGUGGCAGUGAAGCGGCGAGGUGGCAGGCACUGCAGAGAGCUGUCAGCUGCAGGAACCAGCAUUACCCUGCGUGGUGAGGGACAGGAGGGGACACCCCAGCCGAGCAGAACCCGAUGCCAUGAGCUCCCGGCACUUCCCUGCCCGCACCGUGCUCUUUGAGAAGGAGUCCAACGGCGUCACCUACCGUGUGCCUGCCCUGCUCUACCUGCCCUGCGUGGCCAAGCUGCUGGCUUUCGCCGAGGAGCGCCUGAGCCCGGACGACUCCCAUGCCAACCUGCUGGUGCUGCGCCGCGGCACCAUCUACGGGAGCUACGUGGAGUGGGAAGACAUGCGCGUGCUGGAGACAGCCACGCUGCAGCACCACCGCUCCAUGAACCCCUGCCCGCUCUACGACGAGUUCACUGGCACCCUCUUCCUCUUCUUCAUCACCGUGCUGGGCAGGACACCAGAAGCUUACCAGAUUGUCACUGGCCAAAAUGUCACCCGCCUCUGCUGUGUCACCAGCGUUGACCAGGGCCUGAGCUGGAGCACAGCCACGGACCUGACGCAGCAAGUCAUUGGCAGGGCCAUCAAAGACUGGGCGACGUUUGCGCUGGGCCCCGGCCACGGGAUACAGCUGCGGUCAGGCCGGCUGCUGGUGCCCGCCUACAGCUAUCACAUCGACUGCAAGGAGUGCUUCGGACAGCUCUGCAAGACCACCCCCCACUCCUUCGCCUUCUACAGCGACGACCACGGCCAGGGCUGGCGCUUCGGGGAGUUCAUCCCCAACCUGCAGACAGGCGAGUGCCAGCUGGUCUCAGUGGAUGAGGAGGAUGGCUCCAACGUCCUCUACUGCAAUGCCCGCAGCCCCUUGGGCUUCAGGGUCCAGGCGCUGAGCACAGAUGAUGGCGCUGUCUUCCACGGGGGGCAGCUGGUCCAGCGGCUGGUCGAGCCCCCCCACGGCUGCCAUGGCAGCAUCAUCGGAUUUCCUGCACCCUUUGUCUAUGUCCCCAGCAUGCCCCAGGGCCCCACGAUGCCUCUCCAGGGCUCAGCUCACCCACUGCUCCCUGGGAGGCUACCAGCGUUUCGGUCCCUGCCUGUCCUGAAGGCAGCAGGUAAGGAGCUGCCUGCUGUGGCCACUGGCAGCCACUGGGAGCCAGCUGAGCCCAAGGAGGGCUGUCCUACACCGAGGCAUCAUAGCCAUGCCUGUGGUCUUGCCUCAGUCCAAGGGGACCCUCUGGCAACCCCCAGACCCAGGAGUCCCUUCUUCCAAGCACCAACGUGGGUCCUUUACUCCCACCCCACUAGCUCUAUGUCACGGGUCAAUAUGGGGAUUCACCUGAGCACCUUCCCCAGGGAUGUGGAGAGCUGGACCGAGCCAUGGGUCAUCUAUGAGGGCCCGAGUGCUUACUCAGACCUGGCUUACAUGGAGCUGCCCUACAACCAGGACUCCAUCUCAGGUGCCCCAGCCAUCGCUUUCGCCUGCCUCUAUGAGAAUGGCACACGAUCACCCUACGAGCAGAUCUCCUUCAGCAUGUUCACGCUGCAUGAUGUGCUCCAGAACAUCCCCCUGACAGCCGCUGCUUCCCGGAAGGACAGCGGACCCCCGCGCCGCAGGGAGUGCCUCAUCUCCUAGUGACCCCCAGGUCACCUCUCCCCUGUCCCCCUAUGUCUUGCCCUGCUGACCUCAAACAGGGCUUUAGUUCAUUGGUAAUGAGUUGGUUGAGCAUGGAGGCUUGUGCCAGCUCUAAGCUGCUUUCCAAGCACAGGACCCAUGAGGGCAACAGCAGCCAUGCAGAGGAGAAGGCAGCUGGGGGCACCUCAGGUUCUGAGUUGGGAGACACAUAAUGCUCUGGCUGUGCCAUACCUGGUACUACCACCAUGCUCCAAGGGUUUUCCUCCCAUGCUCAUCAAUACUCAUGUUCCUUGCUUUUUAAUUGCUCUUUUUUUAAUGAUCUUGUCCAUGCCAGUUCCUCUUCUCAGCAGACUCCAAAGCCAUUGUGCUGGUUUUGGCUGCAGCCGUGUUCAUCUUCUUCACAGCAUCCAGCCUGGGGCUGUGGUUUGGAUUUGUGCUGGGAAUAAUGUUGGUAGUGCCGGGAUGGUUUUGUGCUUGUGGAGCAGCAGUUGCGCAGUGCCAGGGCCUGCUCUGCUCCUCGCACUCCCUGUCAGUGAACUGCCUGGGUGUGCACAAAGGUUUAGGAGCAGACACAGCUGGGACUGCUGACCCCAACUGACCCAAGAGCUAUCCCAGACCAGCAAUGGCCUGUGGAGGAGACUGGGGAGGGAGGAGGUGCUGCUAGGUGAGGACUGACAGGGUGCAGAUCAGUUGAGGGGUGAGCAGCUGUUAGCAUUUGUGUCCCUUGUCUUUCUGGAGCCCCACUUCUGUCUCUGUUAUUUCCUUUUUGUUACAGUUGUGGGUUUGUUUUUUUUUUCCACUAUGACUUUAUUUCAGUUAUUAAACUGUUCUCAUCUCA